AUGCAGUACACCAUCGCCGCCAUGGCCCUCGCGGGCUUCGCCGCCGCCCUUCCUCAGGACAACUACGCCUACGGUGGCUACAGCUCUGCCCCAGCCGAGUACACCACCACCGCCCCGGCCAGCUACCCAACUACCACUGAGGAGAAGCCAGCUUCCUACCCAACUACCACUGAGGAGAAGCCAGCUUACUCCCCAACCACCACCGAGGAGAAGCCAACUGAGUACAAGCCAACCAAGUACGCAAGCAGCUCUGUGGCCCCAUCUUACUACGCCAGCUCCAGCUCCGUCAAGACUGCCCCAGCCUACUACCCAGGCUCGUCCACACAGACUGCCCCAGCAUACUACCCAACCACAUCUGAGGUUUCCAAGUGCCCGGCUCCGGGCAUGACCGACUCCGUGGGUCGCUACAGCUGCAACCCAGCCCACCAGUACCCAGACGGUCAGAUCUGCGACCUCGUUGACGGCUGCUACUUCCUCCGCACCGUGACCCCAGGUGUCUCCGCAACCCCAUACACCACCACCGUUGAGCAGUACACCACCUACUGCCCAUCGGCCACAACCGUCACCGCUCACGGCAAGACCUACACCGCAACCUCCGCGACGACCAUCACCGUCUGCCCAGGCAACUGCGUCGUGACCUCCACCAGCAUGGCACCACCAGUCUACACCACCUCCACCGUCUCCGCCUACACCACCGUCUGCCCAACCCCAACAACCAUCUACACCCACGGCCAGACCUACCCAGUCACCAAGCCAGCGCAGACCGUCACCAUCUGCAAGGAUGCCUGCACAGUCACUCAGCCAGCAAUGCCAUCUGGCUCCGCCUACGUCUGCCCAGCACCAGGCAGCACCGACUCCAUGGGCCGCUACUCUUGCAACCCAGCCCACCAGUACCCAGCCGGCCAGGAGUGCAAGCCCGUCGACAACUGCUUCUUCCUCAUCGGCAGAACCCCAUCGGCACCAGCCGGCCCAAGUGGCACUGGCGCUUACAUGCCACACGGUAACGACACCAAGCCAUCCAUGCCAGCCACAUACACUGGUGGUGCCGCUAUCGCGUCUGCUGCGCCAGUUGCUCUUUUGGCUCUUGGUGCCCUUUUCUUGUAA